AUGGAGCCUCCCAAUCUCCUACCGGUAGUAGUCGACGAUCUCAGAGAGCAAAUCAAAAGACUUGAGGCGCGGCUUACGGGCAUCGAGAACCAUGGUCGAUCCGACUUUAUCCAAGACACGACUGGCGACGCCGAGCAGGAGGAGAGCAGCGUUGGAGAGUAUAGAAGAGGCCACGAUCAGCAAACAAGCUCGAUGAAAACCAUCCCAAAGGUGCGCAAAUGCAACUUCAUGGAGUUUAAAAAUCGCUUCACAGAGGAAGACGGCUGUUACGCGAUCGAUGUCUUAGAAUCUGGCGUUCUUCUAGACCAAGAGAUUCAUCAGGAGCAAUUGUUGCGUGAACGCCUUGGCGAGAGCAGCGGGAGAGCCCUUUCGCGUGCUGCAAAGCGCAAGGCGGAUGCUCUUGUGAAGGAAGCCAAUCGCACCAAUGACGCCUUGCGCAACGCUCAAUCCGAUGAUAUUUGGAUUCGGCGUAUACGAAUUCAGUCUCCAGCGCUCCUCAGAAUCUUCUCAAAGAUCCAAGGAGAGACUUGGUCCGCAAGGCCAAGGGUGUAUUAUCGUCCUUUCUGUCCGCUAAUUUACUACUUGCCAAAAAUGAAAAAAGUCUUAGGGGAGUUGGAAAAGCGGUGGGCCUCUCAUCUGGAUGGCACAUCAGGAGAGGCUCCCGGCAAGAGUAUCGGGGAUGAUGUAGAGGUAGGCGAGGAAGGCGAGGAAGGGGAGGAAGUGGAGGAAGCCCUCGAUGAUAGCCCGGCUGCCUUGGCUGUUAUGCGCUGCUUUGUGGAAUUCCUGGACAAAGAUGUAGUACCGGACUCUGUCCGCUUUGCCAGUCUGGACUAUUCGAGCGAUGCGAGGAUCCGAUUCUCCGAUCUGUGCUACCUCUUCAGGACAGGUGAUACUAUCUACCGGCCAGUCGAGGGCGAAUUGCCCGGAUGCCGGGAUUCGCGAAUGGGACAGAGAGCCUGGAGAGUAUACCAUGUUGAUUACUCCAGCGGCAGAAUUCAAGCUCCUUCUUCGGACCAUCACAACUCCGUCCACCAAGGGCCGGAAGUCAAUGACGGUCGUUUUACAAUGCAAUCAUAUUGUAUCGACCACACUGGCGACGAGCUAUGUGUGAUAACAAACUCCUUCACCAUACCGCCAUAUGAAGGACUGAAGCCUGUCAACUCUUUGCCUAUCUUCCCUCUUCGAUUUGUGGCGGACCACAAGCAUUUUCUUCAGUUAGCCAUGGACGCUGGAGACCAGGUUUUGCGUUCCAUCGAGACAAAGCACGCAACUUACAAUAGCUGGACAAUCAUACGUAACCCAAAGGGAAGUUUCGUUACUGAUGCAAAUGGUGUAAUUCUGAAGCAUCCUGAACACGUCAAUAGUGAGGUGAUGGUGGACUACGGAGAAGCGUUCCAGGCCUGUCCUUCUUGGCGGCCUGAACGCGCAUUCCUGAAACCAGAAACCGUGAACCAGACUACGGUCUCCGACGACUUCAACAUUCAUUGGUGGUCAGGACCGGAUAGGGCUAGACUGUUAAGAGAAUCGAGCGAGAUCAGGCCGCGUCGGACAGGAAUACAUGUCUUGCAGCGGAACAAGUUCGUGUCAGAAGACCCUUUUCUUGCUGCAGAUAGCGAGAAUCAACAACUGGGGCAACAUACCACCAAGAAGCAUCUCCGUCAUGAGGACAAGGUGCUGAUUACAUGCCGUGUCUUUGCAUACGUCUUCAGGGAAAGAAAAUUUGCUCACCUGGACGUGCAACGGCUGAAGCCUUCCGCACAAUCAAGGGAUGCCCUUGACUCUCUAAGGAUCCCAGAAGAAACCAAGGAUCUUAUUCAGGGUUCUGUUCGAGGCCACUUCAUCCAGAAAGAAUUUGAAAAAAGAAACGGCGAGGAAGGCCUAUCGCUAGAUGUGAUCCAAGGAAAAGGAACCGGCCUGUUUAUACUCCUCCAUGGCGUACCUGGUGUGGGUAAAACCGCGACUGCAGAAGCGGUAGCGCAAGCUAAUGGCAAGCCGUUAUUUAAGAUCACUGUCGGUGACCUUGGCCUCACUCCAGAUCAGGUAGAGUCUUCUUUGAGGCACAUCUUUCGACUCGCGAGCAACUGGGACUGCAUUCUUUUGAUGGAUGAAGUGGAUACAUUCUUUUCCCAACGUUCGAAAGGAGAUGCGGCGAUGACCAAGAACGCACUUGUAUCAGUCUUUUUACGGGUUCUGGAUUACUAUACUGGUAUUCUGUUCCUGACCACCAACCGUGCGGGAGCUUUGGACGAGGCAUUCAAAUCUCGAAUACACUACAAGCUGUACUUCCCUCCGUUGGACAAACAGCAGACUCUUGACAUCUGGAAACUCAACAUUCAACGGCUACGGCACGUCGAGGAACAGUGCAAGGAGAGACGGGCUCUGAAAAUUUCCGAAACUGCCAUCCUGGACUUUGCUGAGCACCAGUUUGACAACAACGAGAAACGUGAUGGACAGUGGAACGGUCGUCAGAUCCGCAAUGCAUUCCAAGUGGCCAGGAGCUUGGCCUUAUUCGAGGCAGCGAAUGAGGCAGCACGAAGGACGGGAUUGAGUUCUAAUGAGCCUGCCCCAGCUGCUGUAAUGGAUGUGAAACACUUCCUCCUAAUGCAUCAAAUUACCGAAUCCUUCGACAACUAUAUGAAAGAAGUGUUUUCUGGAAUGAACGAUGGGGAUCUCGCAUUGGAAAUGGAGCAUCGCGCAGACCACUGGACAAACAGCCGGUGGGCGAAGAAAAUCGGGGGGCUUGAGGAGUAUAGAGAUCGUUAUAACAGCUACGAUGGCAGGAGAUCACCCUUCGAAGGGCCUCCUUCUCGAGGUUUCACUGGUCGGCCGAGGAGCAGCAGCCAUAAGGAAAGCCGUCCCUCUUUCUCAAUUCCAGUCUCAACGCAGCUUUAUUCAUCAAACACCCUUCAGCCACCUCUCGCUGCUGGAUACGAUGAGGCGGUCGUGGAUGAUCUAGGGGGUGACAUGUUUCCAUUAACGUCACCCAACUCACGCCAGCGCCACCAAUCCAAUCCAUUUGAAUCUUUCGAAGGAGAGUACACGGCUGGACGCAAUGCGAAUGACAGCCCGAGGGUUGCAUCUGGCCCCAAUUUCAAAUCACUUACACGGGGCAAUGGAGGCUACUCUUUUGGGAGAGAUAGUCGUCGCCAGAGCAAUUUUGAAGCAGAGCCAGAUUAUAGGAAGGAAAGAAAUGAGUAUGGGAAGAGGGAAAGAGAAUAA